AUGGCCACACUUGUAGACUUGGCUGCCAGAAACCUGUCCAAGAACCCCAAUCUGACCACAUUCUCCUGGCAGGUGUUUGAACAUCUGCAGCUGCUGGAACUUCAUUUAGAGGACGUGGUGUUUUACUGUGGCUGUGAGGUCCGCUGGCUGCAGCUAUGGCAACAGAGGGGAGAGGCGGGGCUAAGCAGCCAGCAGUUGUACUGUGCUGUUGGCAGUACCAACAUACUACUGCAGGAUAUGAACAUCAGCAACUGUGACCUGCCAGAUAUCAGCGUCAGUCACAGCAACCUCACAGUUAUCGAGGGUGAUCGGGUAACAGCAACUUGCAACGGCUCUGGAUCCCCGUUGCCCGAGGUGGACUGGCCUGUGAACGGCUUGCGCACCUACGAUUCACAAGAGGCCACAGUCUACGGCAACAACACGAUUCAUUCCAUCAACAUCACUUUGGUCAAUGUGAGCAGAGACGACAACAACUUCCUGCUGACCUGCACUGCCACCAACAUUGUGGGCAUGACCAACGCUUCCAUCCAGCUCACUGUUCACUUUCCUCCCUCCAUCGUGAAGCUGAACGAGCCAGAGCGUCGUCAUGACACGUGCAUAGAGUUCACUGUUCGAGGUUCACCCCACCCGACAUUACGAUGGUUCUACAAGGAUAAGGAAAUCUCCCACACUGAGUAUGUGCGUCCUGAUAUGGAUAUUUACCAGGACUACAUAGAGGGCUGCCUUACAUUCAAAAACCCAACACACCACAACAACGGCAACUACACCCUGGAAGCCACCAAUUACCUGGGUGUGGCCACCAACAGUGUGUACGGACACUUCCUCGACAACCCCUUCGAUGUUACCCCGACUGCAGAUUCUCAUAAACCAGAGGAGGAUCCUUUUGGGGUGUCCGUAGCGGUGGGACUAGCAGGGUUUGCUUGUGUGAUGCUGGUGGUUCUCUUUCUUCUGAUCAACAAGUAUGGACGACGCUCCAAGUUUGGCAUGAAAGGUCCAGUAGCAGUGAUAAGCGGUGAGGAAGACUCUGCCAGUCCUCUUCACCAUGUAAACCAUGGGAUUAUCAGCCCCUGCACACUGGAUGCAGGGCCGGAUGCUGUGGUGAUCGGAAUGACCAGAAUCCCAGUCAUAGAAAACCCCCAGUACUUCAGACAUGGACAUAACUGUAACAAACCCACCACCUAUGUUCAGCAUAUUAAACGGAGGGACAUUAUUCUGAAGAGAGAGCUUGGAGAAGGAGCCUUCGGCAAGGUCUUCCUGGCUGAAUGUUACAAUUUGAGCCCAACAAAGGACAAAAUGCUUGUGGCUGUAAAGACACUGAAGGACCCCACUCUCGCAGCCAGAAAGGAUUUCCAGCGUGAAGCUGAGUUGCUGACCAACCUCCAGCAUGAACACAUAGUGAAGUUUUAUGGCGUGUGUGUGGAUGGAGACCCUCUCAUCAUGGUAUUUGAGUACAUGAAACACGGCGAUCUCAACAAGUUUCUCAGAGCUCACGGGCCAGAUGCCAUGAUCCUGGUUGACGGACAGCCUCUGCAGACCAAUGGGGAGCUGGGUCUGUCCCAGAUGCUUCAUAUAGCCAGUCAGAUUGCUGGUGGGAUGAUCUACUUGGCGUCUCAACACUUUGUUCAUCGUGACUUGGCUACCAGGAACUGCCUGGUGGGGAACGGCCUCCUGGUGAAGAUAGGAGACUUUGGCAUGUCACGAGACAUUUACAGCACAGAUUAUUACAGGGUGGGAGGUCACACCAUGCUGCCUAUCCGCUGGAUGCCUCCAGAGAGCAUCAUGUACAGGAAGUUCACCACAGAGAGUGAUGUGUGGAGCUUCGGAGUCAUUCUGUGGGAGAUCUUCACUUAUGGCAAACAACCAUGGUUCCAGCUGGCAAAUAAUGAGGUGAUAGAGUGUAUAACGCAGGGUAGGGUACUGGAGCGCCCCAGGCUCUGUCCCAAGGAAGUCUACGAUAUGAUGCUGGGCUGCUGGCAGAGGGAGCCACAACAGCGCCUCAAUGUUAAGGACAUUCAGAAGAUAUUGUUUACUCUGAUGAAAGCCACACCAGUCUAUCUGGACAUACUGGGAUAG